UAUCGAUGGAACAGCUGCUAGUCGCUUAGCAGAGCACUUUGUGGAUUAUUUGUUGUGAGCAAGGGUAAAUUUGCGAUCAGAGCUCGUUUAUUUUUGCUUAAUGUUUAACAAAUUGAAUAUAUUGAGCGCCUGAAUUCAUAGCUCAAGUGAAUGUGAAGCUACGAAAUAUUUACUAAAAAUACAAAAGAAAGAGCAGCAGUCGCUGCUCGAUAAUAAGCUAUCGAUAGACAAAACACAUUGUGAGAAUUUUAGCUGCAAACAAAACAAUAUUUAAACAAGGAAACAAACAAUAUUUAAGUUCAAACUGUUCAAACAGUUCAAACUGGCCCACCAAUGUCUUCACCACAGCCCCAAAAGCAGUUCAAAAUGAAUCGCGCCAAGAACAACAAUCAAAUUAACUCGCCAGGUCAACGCAAACUGCAAAAUUCCAUGGAACGACUGGAACUGCAACAAUCGAAUAUAAACAGACGCGCCGCCGGCUCUAACUGGCAAUCGUCGAUUACAGCAGCUACCGGCACCGAGAACCAGAAGCAGUCAGCAGCAGCAGCUGAUGGUGAGGUACUCGUCGCUGGCGAUGCCCCAUUGACGAAAUCGGCGCGUGCGCGUCUGAAGCGGAAGGCACAGAGGAAUCGCUACCUGGCCAUGGACUGCGAGAUGGUCGGCGUGAGCCACAACGGCUGCGAGGAUAUGCUGGCGCGCGUCUCUAUCGUGAACAAGCGAGGUGAGGUGCUGUUGGACAAGUAUGUGAAGCCGCGUCAGCCUGUCGUCGAUUAUCGCACCAGUGUCUCGGGCAUUCGACCGCAUGACAUUGAGAAUGGGGAGGAUUUCAAAGCGGUGCAGGCAGAGGUGGCUAAGAUGUUACAGGGCAAGAUACUGGUGGGUCAUGCGCUGCGCAAAGAUCUCGGUGUGCUGAGCAUUAAGCAUCCAGUGGCCCACAUUCGCGAUACUUCACGCUACAAGCCGCUUUGCAAGCUCGUCUCCAAUGGACACACGCCUAGCCUGAAGCGCCUGACUCUGUCCGUGCUCGGCCAAGAGAUUCAGACGGGGGAGCACAGCUCUGUGGAGGAUGCACGUGCCGCGAUGGGCGUCUACAAUCGCAUCGCCGCCGACUGGGAGCGUCACAUCCAGAAGCAGCAGAAGCAGCAGCACCACAUAUGACAAAGGAGGAGAAAGAAUCUCCUUAGUUUUAAGUUAUUAUUAAUUGAGUUUAAUAAAUGUAUAAAGUGUUGAAAUUUAAA